GGAAAACUUGAAAUAAACCCGGUAUUCUGUCCCGCCGCUUAGGGGCUGGCUGUCAAACCCCAAAGACAUCAUACAGCCUAACAAACAAUUACCGUCGGGAACAUGGCUGUAGGAAAAAAUACUGUAACUGUACCCCAGGGGGGUACCGGCAGAGCCGGAGAAUCCCCUCCUCCUCCUGUAUCUGCAGGACGAGGCUGCUCCUCGUAUUCUGGGGGGAGCAACCUAACAGCUGUAGGCGGCGACGAUAUUCGCCAUACGUCACGCCAAAACCUAAGUCCAAAUUGUUCUCGCCGGGGCGGAAAGUGGGCAUCGGAAUGCCGUUUUGCGACUUUGAAUGUUAGAGGAGGAAUGAAUGAGAAACUGGAUGAAAUUUACGAGUUAAUGAAUGAAAGAAAAUUAGAUGUGCUGUGUGUGAAUGAGACAAAACGUAAAGGGAAAGAGAUACUGACGCGCGGCCCGUUCACAGAAAUAUGGUCGGGAGUUCCAGAUGAAGAACAUGGCAGUAAAGGCGUCGGUAUACUUCUUUCAGAGCGAAUGGCAGAAUGCAUGCGAGAGUAUGAGUGCGUAAGUCCCCGCCUUAUCUGGGUCCGACUGAAAGUAGGUCUGACACCUCUAUUUUUGGUAGGUGUAUACGCUCCGGACUCUUCCCAUAGUAAGGCGGUAAGAGAAGAAUUUUGGGAACAAACGAGAGAAGUUUUGUUAUUGCGUAAGUUGAAUGAACGUAUUGUCAUGCUUGGAGAUUUCAAUGCAAGGGUUGGAGUGAAGCGUGAUGGGUAUGAAAAUGUGCUUGGGACGUUUGGGGAUAAGAGUGUGAAUGACAACGGCGUAUACUUGUUAGAUAUAUGUGUGGAGAUGGGUCUGUCUGUGAUGAAUACGUGGUUUCAGCAUAAGAUGAUACAUAUGUACACGUGGCAAAAGAAGGAAGGCAAUGUUGUGUUAAGGAGUAUGAUAGAUCUUGUGAUAGUCGAUGAAAGAAUAAAAAUGAAACUAGUGGAUACUAGAGCCUAUCGUGGACCAGAUGUCGGCACAGAUCACUAUUUGGUAAUUAGCAGAAUAAGUGGUUUGUUUAAGCGCUGGCGGCACAGAUCAAAAGGGUCAACUACUGAAUUAGAACGUAUAAAAGUGGAAAGAUUGAAAGAUCAGCAAGUAAAAGAGAUGUAUAAAAAGCAAUUGAGUGAACGGCUAGAAAAAAGCUGGAGUGAUGUUAAUGAGGAAAGUGUGAAUGAUGUAUGGUCGGUAUUUAAAACCAACAUUAUUAAAUGUGCUGAUGAUGUAUGCGGUGUGAGUAAAAGAAGGCGCAAGAAAUGCCAAAAUGCCGACUGGUGGGAUGAUGAAACUAGAAGAAUGGUUGAGGAAAAGAAAAAAGCAUGGCUGGAUGUCUUGGCAAUAGAAGCAACAAAUAGAGCGAGUGGCGGUAUGAAUGAAGAUAAUGUUAAAGAAAUCAAGGACAAAUAUAGAUGCGUGAAAGCGAAAGUUAAAGAAUGUAUAGAGAAGAAAAGGAAUGAGAAAAAGUUUCCGGCGCAAGUUUCCGAGAUAAUAUAAAACUGUUUUGGAAACUCGUGAAAGAAGCGCGGGGAACAAAUAUAAAUUCAUCUAUGAAACUGAUUAGGAAUGAACAAGGUGAGGUCAUACAUGAAGAAAGUAUGAUACUAGAGUGCUGGAAGAAUUAUUUUGAGAGCUUAUACGAGAAAGAUGUAAGUGAAAAAGAGCAAGAAGAGAUAAAAGAUAUGUUUGUGGACCCGAGUGAUGAAAUAGGUUUGGAUGAAAUUAUGAAAGCGUUAAGAGGUAUGAGGUCGGGAAAGUCUGCUGGGUAUGAUCGAGUGACGACUGAAAUGUUGAAGGCUGGCGAUGGACUAAUAGUGAGCCUGCUGCAUCGCCUUUUUAAUUUAUGUUGGAAACAGGGCCAAGUUCCAGACGAUUGGACGAAGGCAGUGAUUGUCCCAAUUUAUAAAGGCAAAGGCUCGCAGCAGGAAUGUCAAAAUUAUCGCGGGAUCAGCCUUCUUAGUGUUGUUGGAAAAGUGUAUGCCAGAAUAUUGAUUGAAAGAGUAAUGAAUGUGACUAAUGACAAGGUAUGGGAUGUGCAAGCGGGAUUUCGGAAGGGAAUGGGAUGUACGGAUCAAGUCUUUUCCUUACGCUGCAUCACUGAAAAAUGUCUGGAAAAAAACCAGAAAGUAUAUUGCGCGUUCAUAGACUUGGAAAAGGCAUAUGAUAGGGCAGAUCGGAA